AUGGCUAAACUCGUCAUGGAUUGCCCAAUAAUCAAUGGAGAUAUUCGGAGAGUUGCCAUUUUACUACUUGAAGCUGUCGAAAGGUCAUUUCUUCGAGAAGCAGAAAAUGGAGCAUACAUCGAGCCAGGCUCAGUUGUGCGUUUCACUGGCACCCGUCACAUGCCUCACGAGUCGCACAAUAUUGUGGUCACAGAACCUGUCAUCUUUAUUGCGUUCCCAUUUGCGGAGUUGGCGCCUUCCAGAAAUACCCACGGGUCUCGUGAAAGAGAUGAAUACUAUCCUCGAACUCUCCUUCAGAAUCUUUACGGAUUUGACAUCGUCACAAGCAGAGGCAAGCAUCAAGUUAUACACAAGAUGCCGGUGGGCAGUCAACCAAAUGAUACCUUAUAUGUCAAUCAAUUGUGGUGUCUUGUUAUAGGAUCAGAUAUCCUGAUAACCCUUUCAGACCGACCAACGGACGAUUUGCUUGGUGGCUCGAUUGAAAAACGUACCGACUAUUUCAAGCAACCCUUAAGAGUUGAGGUUAUCGAUACAAACGGCUCGCAGCAUAGCAUGAGUAUAUCGUCAAAGACGCCAUGGGUAGAUCUCUUUCGACAUGUGAUAUUUACUGUUCACGGUAAUCUCAUGAGUAUUAUGGACUAUGAGCUAGUGGACGAGGCAGACGAAGUAAUAACGGCAGAAAGAUGGGUUGAAAUCGCAAAAGCAACGAAGCCAUCGCUACUUAGAUUUUAUCUUACCGAGCGAAAGACCCCAGCAUCGCGCUCAUCGAGUGUUUCCAGUCGAAUCAGCAGCCGUUCGGGUAUAAAACGACUUUUAUUACUUGAUUACGCACAUGGCAACUAUCGCCACGGAUCAAAAGGCAGUACAUCACGCCGUUCUGAGGAUAGGUAUGAUGGAGAUUCGUCUUCUGGCGAAAGAAGAGCGGUAUCGAAAAGAACUUCGACGCCAAGACCGCCUAGACAUCCAAGGUCUCCCAUCAACACUCGAUGGUACAGCGAGCCUGCCGAGAUCAAAGAUCAAGAGUCCGGAAUACAAGCAGAAAUUUACUCAAAACCUGAAAAUAAAAGCCUCCCCACAAGAAUCAAGCUUGACAGCAACGACGAAAAUUAUUUAGAUCCUGAACAGGCAACUGCAUCGAUAAACGAUUCUGCAGAUGUGGGUAUUGAAGCAAAAGAAUCUCACCAAAACAAGGCCUCUUCAUCCAAUACAUUCACACCAAAACGCCAGCAGUCGCCAUCAUCAGAUUCUGUUGAUGAGGACAUCCGCCAUAUGCGGUCUUUGUCAAAGCAUGAUUCCUCAAUAUACGAGCAUACAGCUACUAUAAGCGACAUUGAAGACAAGAAAGAAGUAGCCACACAUCUUGAAGAUCAUUAUUUCUACCUCGGUGAUGACGACAAAAACAAGGUACCCGAAGAAGAGGCCGCAGACGUAUUAUUGCUCAAAGAUACAAUCAGCUCGACUAAGGAUCCCAACAUGCAAAAGGGAGAUGAUAAGUUACGUGAACACAAAAGGAUACCCGGCAGUCAAAUAAAUAGACCAGCAACAGCGUAUCAAAAGGUUCAGAUAGAAGAUGGAUCUGAGUCUUCUGAUGAGGACAAAAUCGAUAGACACUCAUACGAUGACACAACUCAGGCUAUUUUACGGGAUACGGCUUCCGAGCUCAACUUAGAUGAUGACUUGGUGCUACAGAGCCAGAGAGACCGUUUCUAUCCGCCCAUCCCGCAUAAGUUCGGCAAUCGGGAAAACACUUCAGAGAAAUGGCAUUCUCCCAGAAAUAGUGCCAGCUUUCCACAGAGCGAUUCAUACAAGGGGCUUCGCUCACGAUCUCGGUCUCUCUCAAGCUCCACAGAUAAUUCCUUCUAUUCGCGUGGAAGAACUCGUACACGGAAAAGACGACCUUGGAAGCGGGACAGUCCAAAUUUGGUCCGCGAUUCAUCUUCGAGACCAGGGGUCCGGUUUCACCCCCAAAUAGAAUACUCUGACUACCACGAAAAUGCAGAGAUGUCUCCUUAUGGGAGUUCAAAUGCCACUAAAGUGGAAACACUACCCGUACAAACAGCUGUACCAUUCUUCUUCUGGAAGCAAAGCAGUGUGACAGGUACAUUCUCAUCCCACGACAAUCCAGAGCAGGCCCUGAUUAAGCUUCUUGAUCAAAUUGAUGAGCGGAUAUCCGAUGAUCCUAUUAGCAAGUACUAUUCGAAAGUCCCAGAAUUGACUAUGGAUGAUGUAUUAUCGAGACAGGAGCCACUUCAUGAGCCAGUUUUGGAAAAGGACUCGGGCAUCGAUCAGGAUGAAUCUAACCAACCAAAUAGGCUGAGUGCCCAAGAAACAGUGGAUUUGAGGACAGCCAACAUAUUAAAACUCCGUUCACCUACAGAUCAAGCUGAAGCGCCGGAUAAAGGGAGCGAAGAGAACAAUACUGAACCUCUGAAAGCGCUUGACACAAGUAUGGAGAACGAUCCGACAAACGCUGAAGCUCAGGGAAGCGAUACUAAGCCCACACCUCACAAUGCAUUCAAUUCAACAAACAGCUCACCAGGCCGACAUUCGAAUGGAGAAAUAAAACUUUACCGAACGCAGGCUCUUGGUCUUAUAAGCCACGACAAAGCACUCGUUAAACAACUGGUUGGCAUGAGCCAGCAGAUUGCAUGGUCAUUCAUACCAAACACGGGCGGCUCCAGGAUACAUACUUUGAUGAAACGACUUUGGGGCUGCGUAGAUAUCAUGUGCCUGCAACUUCUCUGGGAAGAGAGUCAAAGAGGACACGAUUCCGAGUGCACAUACAUCAUACGUAAUUUCUCGAGCCAAGUCAAGAAAACUGAUCACAAAAGACGAAAGCCAAUCUCAGGGAAGAUACACUAUUUGAUGUGUGGGGAUUGCAAGGCCGCAAAGCCCUACCAAUCAGCUAAAGAUGCCCUGGACCAUUUGCACGAAAAACACAUUGACUGCCAGCAUGGCGGUUCCGAGCGGCCAUAUGAUGACCCUUGCUAUGUAUGGCUGCAUCGCAUUUGGCACGAUGGUUACCCAAUGCGAAGUUCACGAGACGGGCUCUUGGGGAUCGUGGAGGAUUUCAUUGAGGAGCUCUCUUAUAUCAGCGACUACGUGAGAGAAUUGCACAAUAUGACGGCGAGAGAUUCUUCAACAAACGACGCAGUAUCAACGCCUCCUCUAUCCGGCAAUAUUACUCACGCAUUUCAACAAAUUGUCAAAAUGUUCGUCUUUCGCUCCAAACAAUUGUCUCUUGUCAAUCGGCGGCGAGACUUGGUCAGCGGAAGUUCACUGGAGAAUUUUCCGUUGAUUCAACGCAUUGAUCGGAAGAUUGAAGAACUUUUGUCCCUAGAAAUGGAUGCAAACGAACGCAUCGUAGAUCUUUUAGAAAGCGCCAAGAAAGACAUAUUCCUAUCUGGUAUUGGGUCUCAUUCGGAGAUACUCGAGGCUGAGAGUGUCCGAGUCCAAUUUCUCGCCUUGGCAUUCAUGUCAGGGAUUCAACGGCCUCUGCUGCAGCCAUCUUUUAUGGGUCGUUCCUAUGUAAAGGAUACUCUUUUGCAGCUGUAUAAAGAAUACACUUCUCGGCUUCAUUUCCAAGCUAAUAACCGGCCUCGGAAACGGGUUUUCUUGGAUAUUCAUGGCCUCGAGGAAGAGCUUCAAGCGUUGGAUAAGUUGGUCGACAGCCAAGAAAGCUGUUUGUAUAAUGUUUUGACUGUUAUCGAUCCUCUCACUUCUCGAUACACCACAGAGACGCGACUCCGAGAAUUUCGAGCAGAGGUCCAAUACGGCAAUGUGCAAUUACACCAACUGAUAGAAAGACGGCGAGAAAUCGACAAUUUGGCGACAAGACUGUGGAUUUUGAAGGAUCAGGUGAAGCAGACGAUUGAGAUCAUGGAAGAAGAUCAUGGAAAGGCAAUCCGAGUUUUUACUGUCGUUACUCUAUUUUUCCUGCCGUUGUCAUUUGUGUCAAGCUUCCUCGGCAUGAACACGGUAGACGUGAGAGACUCAAAUUGGAACCAGCAGAUCUUUUGGAUCACCGGAAUACCAAUGACAAUUGCAAGAUCGGGGUCAUCAAUAUUUGCCGUCAACAUUUCACAGUAUGAACAGUCGAACAUCGCUCGAGACACGAUGGAAAGAAUGGAACCCAGCGACAGCGGCGAAGCAAAAUAG